CCACCACCACCACCACCACCACCACCACCACCACCACCACUGCCUGUCUUUCCCCAUUCUGUGUGCAUUGUACGGCAGCCCCGUUUGAUUGGCCGCUUCCCCCAUCCUGAAAACUGUACCUCUGUACACUCAAUAAAAGGAAGUACUAAUAGAAAAAUGAAAGACGCUCGAAUAGAAUGGAGGUUUCGCCGAUUGAGUGUAAAUCUACACAACAAAAAGCAAUUUACCUCGGCCAUGUUACCAGAGAAUCGUCUGAAAAAUCGAUCCACUGAGAUGCUCCCGUACGAGUCUAACCGUGUCUGUCUACCACUGAUACGCGGCCUGAGCGGUUCGGACUAUAUAAAUGCCAGUUUUGUGGACGGAUAUCGAAAGAAGCGAGCGUACAUUGCCACACAGACUCCGCUACCGAAUACGGUGGAUGAUUUUUGGCGUCUUGUGUGGGAGCAUAAUUCGCCCAUUAUUGUCAUGCUCAACGAGGUUAUGGAACAUACGAGUAUGGCUGCGGAUAUCUACUGGCCAAUGGAACGAUCAACACGAUAUCAACACUUGCUGGUCGAACCGAUGGUCGAGUACAAUAUGCCUCAUUUCAUUCUACGCGAGUUUCGUCUCACAGAUACACGGGACGGGCAAUCGCGUACACUGAGACAAUUUCAGCUGCACGGUUGGCCCAAUGAUCAAGUUGUGCCCAAAUCGGCCGAGGCCAUGAUCGAUCUGAUUGGUCAAGUGCACAAAACACAAACACAGUUUGGACAGGAUGGACCAAUCACAGUUUGUACACCGAUGCCCCGUUCCGUUUCAAUUGCUAGCCAGGUUGUGUCCAUUCACUCAGAGAGAGAACGGAUUACUAAUAUUUUGAUCUCUCGAUUGUUCAAAACACCCCAU